CCUCCAGCUGCAGAGAAAAGACCCUCAUGGGUUUUUUGCUUUUCCUGUCACGGAUGCAAUCGCUCCUGGAUAUUCGAUGAUAAUAAAACACCCAAUGGACUUCGGCACGAUGAAGGACAAGAUUGUGGCCAACGAGUACAAGUCGGUCACAGAAUUCAAGGCAGACUUUAAGCUGAUGUGUGACAACGCGAUGACCUAUAACCGGCCUGACACCGUGUACUACAAGUUGGCCAAGAAGAUCCUCCAUGCCGGCUUUAAGAUGAUGAGCAAAGAGCGGCUGUUAGCUUUGAAGCGCAGCAUGUCGUUUAUGCAGGACAUGGAUUUCUCUCAGCAGGCAGCUCUCUUGGGCAGUGAGGACGCGGCCGUUGAGGAGCCCGUUCCUGAGGCUGUGCCUGUACAAGUAGAAACUGCCAAGAAGUCCAAAAAGCCGAGUAGAGAAGCCAUCAGCUGCAUGUUGGAGCCUGAGGGGAAUGCCUGCAGCCUGACGGACAGCACAGCGGAGGAGCACGUGCUGGCUCUGGUGGAGCACGCGGCCGAUGAAGCGCGGGACAGGAUCAGCCGGUUCCUCCCUGGUGGCAAGAUGGGCUACCUGAAGAAGCUUGGAGACGGAAGCCUGCUUUACAGCGUGGUGAAUGCAGCCGAGCCAGAUGCUGAUGAAGAGGAGACGCACCCUGUGGACCUGAGCUCGCUCUCCAGCAAGCUGCUCCCAGGCUUCACGACGCUGGGCUUCAAAGACGAGAGAAGAAGCAAAGUCACGUUCCUGUCCAGUGCCAGCACUGCGCUGUCCAUGCAGAACAACUCUGUGUUUGGUGACUUAAAGUCAGAUGAGGCAGAGCUGCUGUACUCGGCCUACGGAGACGAGACGGGCGUGCAGUGCGCGCUGAGCCUGCAGGAGUUUGUGAAGGACGCUGGGAGCUACAGCAAGAGAAUGGUAGAUGACCUCCUGGACCAGAUCACGGGAGGAGACCACUCGAGGGUGCUCUUCCAGCUGAAGCAGGCCACGAGGUUUCCUGAGGUCACGUGGUCUUGCGAAUCCAGCUGUUCUCCUUCCCAUCUGUCUCCUGCCGCACCGGAAAUGCCCACCACACUGCCAUGGGGCUGCCCCUGGAAGAGGCCCAUGGACCACUGUGCAGGCCUGUGGGUCCAGCCGUGUUGGCUGCAUGCAAGGUCCCUCGGACUCCACCAGCCCUGCGCCCUGCCCGGCCACAGUCCUCCAGCUGAGGGUCCCUCUGGCAGGAGGCCAGCCCCUCUGCAGGUGGUGCUGCUACAGAGAAGAAGCGCGCCCCCGAGGCCUGCAGAUGAAGUAAAGGCUGGGGACCCGUUGGGGGACGGCGGCUCUGUCCUGGACUUCAUGUCAGUGAAGUCAUAUUCCGAGGCUUCUCUGGACAUGUCCAUGCUCAGCUCUCUGGGGAAGGUGAAGAAGGAGCUGGACCCCGAUGAUGGCCACUUGCACCUGGAUGAGACCACGAAGCUGCUGCAGGACCUGCAUGAGGCGCAGGCCGAGCGAGGGGGCUCCCGGCCGUCCUCCAACCUCAGCUCCCUGUCCAAUGCCUCCGAGAGGGAGCCGCACCCCCCGGGGAGCCCUUCUCACCUCAGCGUUGGGGAGCAGCCGGACGUGACCCACGACCCUUACGAGUUUCUGCAGUCCCCAGAGCCCACCGCGUCCGUGAAGAACUAGCUCUCGGUGGUCCCAGGCCCUUUGCUCCAGUUUUGCCUGUGUCUGUGGUUUCUGCCAUGAGACAGAGACUUUGACCUUGUCCCCUAGUGUGCAGGCAGUGGCCUGGGGUGGGGAUGCUCGUCUGGGAUGUCACGUCAGCGGCACAGAGGCCCAGCAGCACUGGCACAGCCCCGAGUCCCGAGCGCCACAGGAGCUGAGGUGUGGGGUAGAGCGCUGAGUUGAGGGGCCUGCCCCGCCGUGUGUCAGAUGCCAGUUUGUGCCCACCAAGGCCCAUCCCCUGUGCCCCUGAGGGCUACUCAGGGCUGGCUGGGCCAGGCAGCGGGACCUCCCAUGUGAUCGCCGGACCUGAGCCUCGCAGUCCCUGGAAGAGGGCGAGCUGUCCUCUGGGCAGGAAGGUCAGCCGGGAGACGUCUGGAGUUGAGCUUCUGCUGAGCCUGUCGCGUCUGCAGAGUACUGUACACAGCCUAAUAAAGGACUUCUGGGAUGCCGGG